CGCCGACGGGCGGAAGAUGAACUACUCGGACCCGAUGGAGCUGGUGCACAAGUACGGGGCGGACACGCUGCGGCAGUACCUCAUCAAUUCGCCGGUUGUGCGCGCGGAGAAUUUGCGCUUCAAGGAAGACGACAUCAAGGACGUGUUCCUGCUGUGGUUCAACAAGAUUGUUUAUCGAUAUGACGCGGGUCGUUACGCAAGCAAGCGCUCGACGAACGUGAUGGACGUGUGGAUUACGUCGUUCAAGGAGUCGCAGCUGGAGUUUGUGGCCAAGGAGAUGAAAGCGUUACUUCAAACAUGAAGUACAUCAACCUGCCGAUUGAGCGUGCCGUUUCUCGGAUGCAGGCCGUCGUCAAGUUGAGCUGUGUUAUGCGCGAUCGUAGAACCGUCCCCAUCAAGAACCCGAUGACGGAGGUCAUCGUCAUCAACUAGAGCAAGGAAUAUCUGGACGACAUCAAAUCCCUCGUGAACUUUAUCCUCGACGAGCUCAACGUGCGCGAUAUCAUUCUCAGCUCGGACAAGCAAAAGUACAAGCAGGUCAUUCAUGCGGUAAAAGUACUCACGGACCCCCAAAUCGCCGAACAGCUCAAGCUGGGCUUCUUCAGCGUGCUCGGCCAUCGCAUCAAGCUGAACGAACUUCGCUUUAUCUACCAGUUUGACGAGCCAAAACACGGCAACGACAGCAUGGGCAGACAUGGACACCUCCAGAAGCUUCGGCAUAUCGAGCUCCACGGUCAGCAGCAGCAACGUUUCGACCGCCAACCCACCAAAACACCCACGUCGAGAAGAUCUAUGCAACGCACGACGACGACCGUGGCAGAUCUGUUGUAAAAGUGUCCCGGCCCGCCGUCGGUCGGCAGCCCCGACAAAUUUUAUGAGCUGAAAGAUUUUAACCCACGGAACGCGGACAAAUUUGUUCCUGCUGCUCCGGGUCAGGAGUUUUGAGAUCUGAUCCUGUCGAUAUCUUCCUCGACUGUUCAAUCUUUCAGGUGAACGUCGACUUCGGCACCACCCUGACGGACGGACAGAUAUAUUUAUUUAUUCAUUUUUGCAGUAGAUUCUGCGAGGAGUCAACCUUGCGGGAGAUUGCCUUCGACAAGGUGCGUAUGGUGAUGGAUAUGAACCCGAUGGUUGUCAUGAUCGCCAGGGCUCGCUCGAAUGUCACCUAGCAUCGAUUCCGCUAAGGACGAUGAAGAAGAAGACAAGUCGGAGCCGUUUUUGUCGCAAAUCGCGCCGUCGUCAUAAUAUCAGGCUGUUUAUCUGGAAGGCCGCCAGGAACUCCUCGAGGCAUUCAUCGACCUUCCUUCGAGCCUAGAUCAAGCUGCGUGAUCACCUGCGCUUACUUGU